UCGAAUAUCAGAAAAAAUACCGCACAAAUAUUUCGAUCGUGAUUCCUCUGAAUGGGAUUCCUAAACGAAUGUGGAUUGGAAACUCUCGAACAGAAAUUGGGGCACGAAAAAGCGCAGAUACUGAUCGACAGAUACAAAAAGACAAGUGUUACUUUUUGUUGGAAAAUGGGUGGCAAAGGCCCUUUGAGACUCUUGUCACUUGGCGGUGUCAGGGUGCAAACGACUCUUCGAGAUUGUUUAACGUUCAAGUCUUUCAAGCUGCAAGUGACCCUUCGAGAUCACUUGACAUUCAAGGCUUUCAAGCUGACCUGACAGCCGGAUGGGGAUUUAUGCUCAUUGUUAAAUAUUUAAAAAGAGAGGUUCCGAUUUCCGAUAAUCAAGAUGAUGGCAAAGUCCCUACGCGGAUGAGAAUUGAUGAUUAUUUCCUUGUUCAUGGUGCCCCUUUGCAUGAUCAACAACCAAGAACUCCCGAACAUCAAAUAUAUCCAUCAGGUAUUAGGUCCCCUUGGAUCCAAAAGGUAAUUAUGUUUGCGCUAUUAGACUCCAAACAAACGGAACUAUCAUAUAGAGAAAAUUUUGUCAACCCUAUUAUUGCGAAAUUGUUCGAUAAUGUAAUGAAUAUUAUUCGAGUGAAAACAUCAUCAAUUGUACAAGCAUUAUUGUUAGAUGUACACGCCAAAGGCAGAAAAUUUAAUGUCAUUAUUUUAAAGCGUGUUUUAAUUGGUAAAAAACUUUUGAAACGUUUGAUGGAUGAAACUCACUCAUUUAUGUCUAAUGGAGCACUUUAUUCUCAAGUUGGCACUGCAAUGGUGGCAAUGAUGGCAAAAGAGAAGAAUAUUCCGGUCAUUGUUUGUUGA